CCUCCUCGGAAGCCAUAUUACACACUAGCCUGGUUACCGGCCACCAUUCACUUCCGCUCCGGGUCCGAUUCUGCCGCCAAGUUAUUCCAAGUUCUUGCUGCGUUUCUUUCCCAAAGUCCAUGUCGCCAGUAGCUUCAACUUGUCGUUUCUUGUUUCCUAUUCGUAUCCUCUAGGCGCUUGGCCUGAGAACCCUUUCGGCCUGAACCAAGCUUCCAGUCGUCUAGUGCUGACUGUGAGCGUUCUGACGCAGGUGAUCCGUCGAACGAUAUUUCACUCAUACCAUCAGCCAAUAGUUCCACCCCGUACUGCAGGACACAAGUGUUCAUAACUUAUCACCGAGAAAGGCUGUUAUCCCCGCCAAGAUAAGCUGUGGCCAAUAAGAAUUGGUUCCAUCUCCAAGGAGGCGAGCGGGAUGUCAAAUUAAUCAUCAUACCGGUAGGGCAGAAGCGAGGCCUUCGUCGGGAGCUACUCGGAGAGAAUGAAACUCAGAACGUGACAUCCCUCAAAGAGACGUCCUCGUUGCCGGAUAUAGCGCUAUCCACUCGUAUUGCGACCCUGACCGGUAACCUGCCCACAUCACCCUGGCCCAAGUGAUCCUUUGGGCAUUUCCAAGGUCCCUGCGUGGGUUGCAGUUCGGUGCCCCCUUUCCAACGCGAGAUGACUACGCCGCUGCUGCUCACCAUUUACUGGUUUUCAAACAGGGACCCCCAAUUACCCUGGCAGUGUCAUCUAUAUUGUUUGGUUUAUUCGAUUCCGGGUUUCCAUUCUAGAAACAUUCCGUUACUACCAAGAUCUUGGGUGCCGCGUGGCUGUUGACUUCAAUCUCUGGGUAAGCGAGAAACCGAAAUGUCAAUCUUGUGCCCUCUUUUGCUUUUGCCCACGCUAUGGUACGCAUUGCACCGUCCACCCCAUCCACAACUGGCCUCCCUUCUGCUUUUCCCCUGCCAAGAUGGUUCCUCGAUUACGCGGUUGGUGCCCGUUUGUUGCCGUACACAUGCACAGCCGCCGAAGACGCGGCUGAAGGGUCAAAUGUGCAUCUCUUGGGCCUCUUCUCCAUGCCGUCCCGUUCCUCUUACACGCCUGUUCGUCCAGGGGUAUGGAGUGUGGCACAAGGCAGGCAGCGACGUACCUUGUUCACGAUCUUUGGGAGAAUAUUCCCAGCUUGGGCCAAGCCAAUACUUUGAUGCAGGAUGGUGAUUGAAGUCAUCACCACUCCCCUUCUUCACACCUCGAGCGAUGCUCCGCAAAUAGCCAUCACGAUACAGAUCAACAGCUACGACACCUAAAGCUCCCCACCUCGCUGCCCUCGUUGAGUCCCAAAGAAGUGGAAGGCUUCAUGAGACUAUCGAAUCCUGUGACUUAACAUCCGCCCACGUACAGCCGAAGCGACCCUCUUUGCAGAUGCCUCUUUUUGAACGCACACGAACUUGUGCUGCGGUUCAGCUUCAAGCUUACUCACCCCGCCCUUAACAUGGGCUUACCCGGCGUGACAGGAUGGGGUGUUCGGGUUGCCAUAGCCCGAUAACCCUGCUGUCAAGCUAUCCCGGUUCCUAAGAUCAUGUCUAUCUGUAGCGUAGCUUUCUCACACCCUCACGAUACAUCCAAUACUCUCGGCAUGCCGCCCAUAUAGCUGGAUCCAGGUCAUGGGAACUUCGAUAGAAUGCAGUCUAGCAGGUAUCGACAUCCAUAUGCCGAGCCGCUCACGUCUGCCCCUCGCGCGUCCUACACACGCCUCUACCUAGCGGUACCCGCGUCUUCCGACGAAGAAGACUAGAGACGCCGUGACUCAGACAAUAUCCAAAGGAGGAAAGGGGAGGUCAUCGAGAAUACGAGCACCGAGCACCAUCACCCUGGCUGAUCACAUCUCGAAUUAUCGACUGAGUCUUUUUACCAUCUGAUGGAUCUUCUAUAAGAAUCACCAUCUCCGUCCAUUUUGAGUCACCCUUUCUUCUCAUCCUCACCAGCUCUCCUCUCCAUCCCCCCCUUCACCCGGUUCUCCUCUCGGUCUAUUCUCUUCAGUUCUUGUUCAUGAUGAAGUCUUUCUUCAGCGCCGCGGCGCUCCUGCUUGGCCUCGUCGCUCCCAGCGCCGUCCUAGCCGCACCUUCUCUCCCGGGCGUGCCCCGCGAGGUCACUCGUGAUCUUCUUCGUCCCGUCGAAGAGAGGCAGUCUUCGUGCCACACUGCCGCCAACCGUGCUUGCUGGGCCCCUGGUUUUGAUAUCAACACGGACUACGAAGUCAGCACUCCCAACACCGGAGUCACACGCACCUAUACUCUGACCUUGACCGAAGUUGACAACUGGCUCGGUCCUGAUGGCGUGGUUAAGCAGAAGGUCAUGCUUGUCAAUGGUGACAUCUUUGGGCCUACCAUUACUGCUAAUUGGGGUGAUUGGAUUCAAGUCAAUGUCAUCAACAAUCUCAGGACUAAUGGCACCUCUAUUCAUUGGCACGGCCUCCACCAGAAAGGAACAAACAUGCACGAUGGUGCCAACGGUGUCACCGAAUGCCCUAUCCCGCCCAAGGGAGGCAGCCGCAUCUACAGGUUCCGCGCUCAGCAAUAUGGCACCAGUUGGUACCACUCGCAUUUCUCGGCCCAAUACGGCAACGGCGUCGUUGGCACCAUCGUGGUCAAUGGUCCUGCUUCGCUUCCCUACGAUAUUGAUCUUGGUGUCUUCCCCAUUACCGACUACUACCACAAGCCGGCUGAUGUUCUGGUCGAGGAAACCAUGAAUGGCGGUCCCCCUCCCAGUGACACUGUUCUCUUCAAAGGGCACGGAAAGAAUCCCCAGACCGGCGCUGGUAAAUUUGCCAAUGUCACGCUCACCCCCGGCAAGCGUCAUCGUCUCCGCAUCAUCAACACCUCGACCCACGAUCACUUCCAGCUGAAGCUCCAGAAUCACACCAUGACCAUCAUUGCCGCCGACAUGGUUCCCGUUCAGGCCCAGACUGUCGACAGUCUCUUCCUUGCCGUUGGUCAGCGCUACGAUGUCACUAUUGACGCCAACCAGAGUGUUGGGAACUACUGGUUCAACGCCACCUUUGGCGGCGGUCUUGCCUGCGGUGCUUCGCUCAAUCCUCACCCGGCUGCGGUCUUCCGCUACCAGGGAGCUCCCAACACUCUCCCGACCUACAUUGGCACUCCUGCUGCUGAUGCCAACUGCAUGGACCUCAACAACUUGACACCUGUUGUCUCCCGCAGCGUUCCUACUAGUGGCUUCACUCCCCGCCCUAACAACACUCUGCCCGUCUCCUUGACCCUCGGCGGCACACCCCUCUUUGUCUGGAAGGUCAAUGGCAGCUCCAUUAAUGUCGACUGGGACAAACCGAUUGUUGACUACGUCAUUGCCCAAAACACCAGCUAUCCUCCUCAAGCCAACGUCAUCACCGUCAACAGCGUCAACCAAUGGACUUACUGGCUCAUCGAGAACGAUCCUACCGGCCCCUUCAGCAUUCCGCACCCGAUGCAUCUUCACGGUCAUGAUUUCCUCGUCGUCGGCCGCUCCCCCGACCAACCGGCCGGUGUUCCUCAGACACGCUACCGCUUCAAUCCCGCCACUGACAUGGCCCUGCUCAAGAGCUCCAACCCGGUCCGUCGCGACGUCGCCAUGCUUCCCGCCAACGGAUGGCUGCUUAUCGCCUUCAAGUCUGACAACCCCGGUGCUUGGCUUUUCCACUGCCACAUUGCCUGGCACGUGUCUGGCGGUUUGUCGGUGCAGUAUCUCGAGCGCCCCGAUGACUUGCGCAACGGUUUCAGCCAGGCGGACAAGAACCAGCACAACAACAACUGCAAUGCCUGGAGGGCAUACUGGCCUACUAACCCCUACCCCAAGAUCGAUUCGGGGUUGAAGGUCAAGAAGUGGGUUGGUGAGCAUCCUGAUUGGUAUAUCAAGAACUAAGAGGGCGGCAUGCAGAGGGAAAGGUUGGGACAUAUAUAUGCAUACAUGGGGGGAUUGGGAGCAUAUCACGGAACUGGGACGGGUGACGGCGGGGGUUUCUUGCUCUAUUUUCUUUGCUGUUGUCGAGGUCAAUUGUGGGGGGCCUGUACAACACAAGUCUCACUCGAACAAUGAGUGUGAUUUCUAUUUUCUGUUUUCUUAUACCUCUUUCCUCUUUCUCUUCUCUACUCUGGCCAGGGUACAUUUUUCAAGGCAGGGAUCAGUCAGCACUGGGAAUUGGACAUGUCAGUCUCUGAACUGACGCCACGGAUGGAAGGGAAAAAUGAGCUUUGUUAUUGGGUAGAUAGAUACCUAGCAUAGCUUUCAACGUGGUGGUUCACGGGAUUCAUCCCUUCCACCGUUGACAAUAAAACCAUGGUGCUGUUUGGUUCUUGCUACUUGUCACGUUUCACUGUUGCAUUCUGGGACUUGUGUGUGUUGUGAUAAAAGAAUAAAUUAGGUAGUAAACAUUUCUGGG